CUUAUCUAUUAAUUCACUUCGCCGAUACGACAGCAUAGUAAAUGUGUUUUAAUAUACGCUUUUGAAGUUUUUCAUGAUUAUGUUGUACAGGCGUUGAGCGACACUUUUCGUUGAGUCUUUCUCAAACUUUCUCAAUGACGCCUGCUCUACCAUAAAAAAUUAUGAUUGUGCUGUGCUCCGUCAUGUUUCAUGACUAAAGCGAUUAAACACACUUCGGCGGCAGAAUAUUCGGAAUCUCGAUUGAAAACUCUGCGAAAAGCUUCUCAAGUGCUCUGCAAUGCUCUGCUUAACUUUAGAGACUAUAGCGAUCGUAUCCAUCCAUGCUUGCACGUAUCGUGUUCGUCUUGAUCCAACACUCUAUAAAAUUUAUUCAACCUUUAGUUUAUCGUUGUAUCAAACUGGUGAAAUCAUGGCUUCCUUAAUAUGACAACAUGUUAGUUUCUGCCAAAUUUCAUUCAGUCAUAACCACCUCUUUACUAAACAUUCGGUGCGCUGCAUCUUAUCAAGUUGCCAUCAAUGCCUUCCGCCUGAACUCUUUUCGUCCUUAUGACAUUCUCGCCAGUUCUUGGCCGACAAAUAAUGUUUGUGGCUUUGCUAUCAGUCAUCAUUAGCUCGCUCUACUUUUUCAUUAUGCGUUUUGUAUCCAUAAGCGUAAUUGACGUCUUUUUCGUUCAUUCCACCUCAUCACAGGCAUUGCUCAUCCCAAAUACCUCGACAUCUUCGCUUCCGUCUUCUUCAUUUCUAUUAUUUUUGCUCUCCUUGUUUUGCUUUUUCAUCUCAAUGUAGAUCUGCUUCAGUCGGUCUCACAUUUGUUGUCGUUUUGGUUCCCGAGUUCCCUUUUUGAUUGUCACCAUAGCUGCGUACAUUGAGCAGCAUAAUGUAUCCGUGUUCCACAGUUAUAGCACGCCAUGCUUUGUCUGCUGCUAUUAUUCAUUUGAGAAUUAUUUCUUCGUCGCAUCCUCAUGUUGCCGACAUCUAUUCUGUUAUUUCUUUGUCUCCG